UGAUCGGCUCAUCGCUCACCUCCAAUCGACCUUGCCUAAAUGCAUAUUGCAUCGCAUUGGAUUUGGUUUGGUUUUGGAUGGAGGCAGUUCGUUUUGGCGGGUAGUGUUGCAGUGGCAGGCGAGCGCACAGCCGUUGGAGCAGCACAGAGGUGGUGGAUCGGAGAGUAUCGAUCCCAUCCGCCUUGCCGGAGUUGGCAAGAAGGCCGGCAGCAACAGCAAGAAAGAGGAGGGGAGAUGGUGCUCUGCGCCCAGCAGCUGCAGCUGCCCACCGCUCCUCUCCACACUCUCCGUCAAGCGGGCAGGAGCGUUAUUCCGCUUCCUCGUCCGCAUCGCCGCAGCCGCCGUACCAUCGCCGCCAUGGCCUCCGCCUCCUCCGGCACCCCCAGCCCCGUCGUGCUCGGGUGCGGCGGCAUCUCCAUCGACUACCUGGCCACGGUGGCGUCCUUCCCCAACCCCGACGAUAAGAUCCGCAGCCUCGCCCUCAAGAUGCAGGGGGGCGGCAACACUGGCAACGCGCUCACCGCAGCUGCGCGCCUCGGCCUCCGUCCCAGGAUCAUUUCCAAGGUAGCCAACGAUGCUCAAGGAAGAAGCAUCCUCAACGAGCUCCAAUCUGAUGGCGUCGACACAUCUUACAUCCUGGUGUCAGAGAACGGGAAUUCACCCUUCACCUACAUAAUAGUUGAUGAGCAGACGAAAACUCGUACAUGUAUACACACUCCUGGUUCUCCGCCCAUGGUACCAGAAGAGCUCACAGAGGCAAACCUGUCAUCCGCUUUAGACGGCGUGGACAUCGUCUACUUUGAUGUACGAUUGCAUGACACUGCUUUACUUGUUGCAGAAGAGGCAAGUCAAAGAAAAAUCCCUAUUUUAAUUGAUGCUGAAAGAAAGAGGGAAGGGCUGGACGAGCUUCUUAAUUUUGCAUCUUAUGUUGUAUGCACCGCAAAGUUUCCUCAGGCUUGGACAGGAGCCUCAUCAAUACCUGCUGCUUUAGUAUCCAUGCUUUCAAGGUUACCAAACAUCAAAUUUGUUAUUGUAACUCUGGGGGAGAAAGGUUGCUUAAUGCUUGAGAGAAGCACGACAGAUGCUUCUGAGGCAGGGGAAAUAGAUGCAGAGGCUUUAUUUGAAUCACUAGAGAAGAAAGUUGACCAGAGUUCUACUAUUCCAAAAUGCAUUGCUUCCAAGUCAAAUUUGAGAAUAAGCACGGAUGGAGUAGGGUCGAUAAGUGGUAGGUUACUUCUAGGUACAGCUGAAGUUAUACCACCUGGCGAACUCGUAGAUACAACUGGUGCAGGAGAUGCAUUCAUUGGAGCAGUUCUAUAUGGUUUAUGCACUGGCAUGCCACCAGAGAGGAUGCUGCCUUUUGCUGCACAAGUGGCUGGUUGCGGUUGCAGAGGUCUGGGGGCUCGAAGCAGCCUUCCCCAUGUCACAGAUCCGCGCCUGGCUGGCUAUUGAUCUGAAGUCAGCAGGACUGCAUCCUGUUUGACCACCUGCCUGCACCCCGUCCAAUGUUCUGAAUAUGCCAAUAGGAUCGGAUACGAUAAAAUUCAUAGCUGAUAAGGGCACUCACAAUGCAAAACUCUAUCACAUAGUCCAAGACAAUUAGUUACAUAUUAUUUAUAGUAUUUUGCUGAUGUGGCAACAUAUUUAUUGAAGAAAGAGGUAGGAAAAAUAAGAGUCCACUAGACUCUAAGUCCACAUUAUUCGAGAUAAUAAAUAACUUUAAACUCUAUGAUAGAGUCUGCAUUGUGAGUGCCCUAAGAAAGCAGAUUGCAGCAGUAGCUAUUAGCAGCACAUCAAGACUGUUAAAAGCCCCUAAAAACCAGAGGUUUAUUUCCUUUGUUUACCCAUAUAUUAUUAUUUUGCGACGAUUA